GAUCUGAUCACUGUGUAUGAUCAUAAGAUUACUAUCUGGCCAGCGUUCCAGCUCAGUGGGUUUUUUUUCUCGUAUGUGUUUACGUAUUACCUACUACCGUCCCUCAAUUCUCGGCGACAAAUGAACGUCGACAUUAAGUAUGGUAGGAAGAAGCCCGCUCCUCGACAGUUAAUUAAUUAAUCGGCGAAUCAACGCGACUUGUCUCUGUGCAAUUACGGUUCUUUUAAUCGCGAGUAUUUUGUCCGAAGCGUGAGUAUCGCCGUGGCGCGCAAUGUGAAAGUUUCAGGUGAAAGACCGUUGCAUGUACCUAAUCGGUCGCUUAGUUAAUCGUCGAAUUAUUCGAAUGUGAAAAGAAAGAACGAAGAGAUGACAAACUCCUCGUUUAUCGUCGACCUCAAUGAGCCACCGGAGGAUCACUGCGGCAAAGACGCCCUCACUGACGUCUUCGGCUGGUUUCUUCAAAUCCUGCUCGCCGCUCUCGCCUUCACAUGCCUUAUCCUUAAAAGAUUCUGCGAACCUCGAUACGAAAGAAGACCUUGGCUCAUCUGGUUCUACGACACGAGCAAGCAGGGUCUCGGUGCCCUUGUCAUUCACCUAGCCAAUGUCUACCUGGCUAGUAGGUUUCAGGGAGAUCCCUGCACGUGGUACAUCAUCAACUUUUUGCUGGACUCUUCCGUUGGGUUACUAAUAAUUUGGGUCGGUAUCAGAUUAUCGCAAUAUUUGGCAAGAAGCAAGCAAUGGGAGUCCAUCAACUUUGGGGAAUAUGGAAAACCCCCAUCUGUCAACGCAUGGCUGACUCAAUGCGUUUUGUAUGUUCUGCUGAUGAUCAUUGUAAAGAUUUUCAUCACAUUGCUGAUUCAACUAAAUUUUUGGGACCGAGUCAAAGACCUGAUUCUGGCACCGAUAACGAACGCGCGAGUCGAGGCUGCAGUUGUUAUGUUAAUAAUACCAUUUUUCGUUAACGCGCUGAUGUUUUGGGUGACGGAUAAUUUUCUAAUGAGAAAAACGAAACAUCUAAGAACAGCCAAGGACCCUUCGUUGCUUCAACGUGUGAAAAUACGUUACAGAAAAAUACGGAAGGACAAACGUGACGAAUCUGAAUCCGACAUUCUUCUGUCAGCUGACGAGGAACUUCUCGGUGCAAACGACCCAUUGCAACGACUUGACAUAGCCACGUAGUAGGAUUGAUUCAGGAAAGAAAUUAUGUCACUCACAGCAUUUUAAUCUGUAUUUACUCGUCUGUCUAAGAAGGUGGAACAAUUUCGUCGUCGUAUCAAUAUUAGAUCUUUACAAUUUUAUUAGUAGCCUAACAUUCAACUCAACUUUGAGAAAUUACGUUUCUUUAAUAAUUUUUUUUUCAAUUCCUAUUCAAACGAUACUCAAUGACGUGGAAUAGGUUUUAUUUUAUUUUUUUUUUUUUUUUUCGCAUUCCAAUUUACUUCCUUUUUUGCGAGAGGGACUUGGAUAAACUCUUUUAUGACAAAAAACAUCCAAAUCAAUAAUAAUAAUUUAUUUAUUAAAACUUGUGUUAAAUUUGCAUAAAGCAUUAUGCGAAACUUGUUACUCGGUGUUCGAAAGUUCGAAUCGUAUGUUUAAGGCAUUUUUAUUCGACAAAAAUGAUAACCAGUGUACAUAGGUAGAUAUUAUAUAUUCGAAAUGACUGCUGGGUAUAUUACCUAAUAUUUAUCUAUAUGUAUAAACGCUCUUGCUCUGCGAAUUGAAAAGAAAAUAAGCUUACAGAAUUAGGAAAAAUACGAAAAAAAACAAAAAAAAAAUAUAUAUUUAAGACAGAAGAAAACAAAACAAAGUAAAUUUUUAUAUCAGCAGGAAGUAUCAAGUAGCUUGAAUAUUUUAUUCCGAAACCUGCUCAGCGUACCUCGGAAAGCAAACAAAACGAGAGAGCUACACCCACGUAGUAUACAGAAGGAGAUUAAUGGUAUAUUUUUAAAAGACUGUAUUGUACAGCUAUAACUUUAUAUUUUUAAUACAUGUAGUUAGAAUAGCAAUUUCCUUCAUCGAAGCGACUAUGUAAAAAAAAAGACAAAGUCUUCAAUUUUCUUCCUAUAUCACAAGUCUUGGUCAGAUCGAUAGAUUUCUACGAAUAUUUCGUCAAUCUACUCAAAUUUUUACCUUCGCAGAUCAUUUGACAAUCUCUCGUUUUAUCUUUAUAAAAAACCCAGUCAAAUCCAUUUUUUCGUGUUAAGGUAUGAAAAAAAAAAAAAAAAAAAAAAAAAAAAAAUUGAUUAAACCGUCGAAGCACUUUUAAAACUAAACUUUACAAUAUUGAAUUGCAUGUAUGUUGUAUGUCUGUACGUACAUACACACAUGUGGCUUAAGGAAUUUGCAUAUCUAAUGACAAAGGAGAACGAAAGAAGAAAAUAAGAAAACAGUUUGCUUGUAAGAUAUAUGUAAAUAAUUAUAGGUUAAUGUAUUAAUAAUGUGUAAUAUGUCGUUCGUUUUAUAUGGGGAGAUAGGUAAUUGAGAGAGGGAAAAAUUGGCAUUUCCCCACAUUGAGGAAGUGCAUAUAGGUCGUUACAAUACAAAAACUCUUAUUUUUCCAUAGCUCAAAAUUUGAUUCUUCAAAAGUCUAACUUUCAAAUUGUACAGUAAUACUCGCGUGUACUUUAAUUCCCGCAGAGAAACUCAACACUACUAACCCUAAAUGGUGUAAUAAUUAAUUAAUAAGAGAUAUUGAUUGUUAGGACCAACGAAAAGAAGGAAGAAAAGAAAAAUUAAAUCGACUCGUCUUAAUAAGGUUGAAUUAUGAUCAGAUUUAUACGUUUAUAUUUAUAUACGGAAAAAAAAGGAAAGAAAGAAAAAUCGUUUUUUUUUUUUAACUGUGAAAGCGUCUGCCAAAGAUUUCGUAGGAGAAAAAUAGAAAAACAUGUGGGAAAAAGUUUUAAAAAAGUAUACGGAAAUACUAUGAAAGGUUAAAAAGAACAAGAAAAAAUGGUUGCUGAAUACGUCCUGUAAUUAAUCCGUUAUAUGUACACUAAUACGUAUAAUGUACAGUAUAUUAUACGGAAUCGUACAUUGCUAUAUCUGGAUAUUCGACGACAAAUACCCAGAAAAAUAUUCAUAUGAUGGCAGAAUUUUGAACGUCCAUAAGAUUAUUGUAUAAUUAGUUAUGAAAUAUACGUAUUUAAGAUCUAUAACUUGUUUCCUCGAGUUUGCCACGUAUGUGCACAGUUAAUGGGCAAAAGAUCUAUGUAACUACCUGUUAUAUCAUCAGGAUAUUGUGUACCUAUGUCUGUAUGUACAUACAUACGUAUGACCUAUGUUUCACUCGAUUAGCAACAUUUUACGUUUAUGUAAAACAAAAAUCAAAUUUUUUCAAA